CAUGACGCAAAGUGGGUUUUCCUCGUACACACACUGGUUGGUCGUGUGUACGGAAUUUGUUCAAGAUUUUUGCCGAUUUUUUCCACAUUUACGCGUCACAAAAAGUCUAGAUUUGUGAAAUCAAGUCCUGGAUGACCAAGGCGUCUGUCCUAAAACUCAGAUCGAUCCAUUAAGACAGCAAAUGGCAGAUACCCCGCCGAAUGUCUCUGUGUCUGGCGAAGCUGGUUGGAGGGCCGACGGCAGCCGGACAGGGAUUCGUGAUCUACAGCAUCCUAAUUGUGGUGCCGAUGUCUCCAUAGCACAGAGUGGUCACAAACCUGUCAAUGAUAUGGAAGCCUUGUCGCCUGGUAGUCCCUAUCACCGAGGCCAGAGCAUUAGCCCAGUGCAUCGUGGUAACCUCUCAUCGCCAGAAUCCUCACCUCUCAGCUCAGGAGCCAACUCGCCGAGAGAGUUCAGGGGUGGUAUUCAGAAACCUGAUAACAGACAUAAUGUUGCAGGACACCGAUCUGCAAAUAAAGGGCGCAAAAAGCCUCCGGGAAUGGGGUUGAAGAUCAACGUGACUUCAACGCCCCCUCCAAAAGCUGGGCCCCCGAGAGAGCUCGAUGACAGAGUUACCAUAACCGUUGACGACAAAGUCUAUGACGUCAAGGCGACUGACUUGGAGCGCCUGGGUGAACUGGGCCGAGGAGCGUAUGGCGUUGUUGAGAAGAGAAAGCACACGCCAAGUGGGCUUAUCAUGGCAGUGAAGCGGAUUCAUUGCACUGUGAACUCAGAGGAACAGAAGAGACUGCUGAUGGAUCUUGAUGUCUCGAUGCGGAGUGGAAACUGUGUGUACAUGGUCAAAUUCUAUGGGGCCUUAUUCCGAGAGGGAGACGUGUGGAUCUGCAUGGAAGUCAUGGAUACCUCUUUAGACAAAUUCUAUACGGAAGUUUACCCGAAUAGCUCUAUACCUGAGCCAAUCUUAGCAAAGAUAGCAACUUCAGUAGUGAAGGCAUUAGAUUACCUCCAUAGCAAGUUAAAAGUGAUACAUCGCGACGUGAAGCCUUCGAACAUCCUGAUCAAUCGAGGUGGAGAUGUCAAAAUUUGUGAUUUUGGGAUCAGCGGUCAGCUGGUUGAUUCCAUAGCGAAGACCAUGGAGGCAGGCUGCAAGCCCUAUAUGGCACCCGAAAGGAUAAACCCAGACACGUCAAGUAAAGGCUAUGAUAUAAAGUCAGAUGUUUGGAGCUUUGGUAUCACCCUGUUUGAGCUAGCCACAGGUCAGUUCCCGUACACUUCCUGGAAGACUCCAUUUGAGCAGCUCAAACAAGUAGUCCACGACGACCCACCAAGAUUACCACCGGGAAAAUUUUCCGAGGAUUUUGAAAUGUUCAUGGAAAGCUGCCUUCAAAAGAACUGUGCCGAUAGGAAGAAUUACAAGGAGUUGCUGAGUAUGCCCUUCAUCAUAAAGGCCGAAGAACGUGACGCAGAGGUCGACCUGGCUGCUUACGUCCAAUCAGUAUUAGGGGACAAUUUUAACAAUACGGCAGACAUCCAAAGGGCCUGAGGAGUGCGUAGGAAGGUGUAGAUGAUGAUAGUGUGGUUGUUCCGCCAUGUCACUGCUGACGUCUGCUUCCUGACGGUGGCUGGACCGGACCUCGUUUGUAAAUAAAUGCAGACACAACAGUGUCUGGUGUCUCCACCUAGUGGUUUAUAGCGGGGCAUUGUUGUGACAUCCUUGCAGAACUUCGGCUUAAGAUGGGGCUGUUACCAGUUGAAGUAUCAUGGUGAUGUUUGUGUUGUAUAUGCAGCUUCUUGGGGGGCAUGUCAAAAAUACAUUGAAGCCAAAAAACGAACACUGUUCAACUGGGGGGAGGGGUUGACAAAAAUGCCAUCAUUAUUUCUUCUCUUCUCUUUUUAGCAUCAAACAUGCCAGAAGACAGAUUUGUUUCGUCUUUCUAGGGGGGAGGGUCCAGGGAAGAUAAACUGUGUAAUUUUGACAUGGUCCCUUAGGCCGGGUUACAUAAGCUUCACAAUGGCACGUGCCAUGUUUCAUGUGUCACAUUUCAAUUUGGGGCUGAAAGUGACAUUAAUUCCUAGCCUGCUCAUUGGAAACAAUUUGUUUGUUUUUCACGUCAUAGGUGAAAAGUGACAUGUUCAAGUGACAUCAUAAACACUAUGUAAACCCAGCCUUAGAGGCAUGUCAUAUUUGCCAUGUUAAGGUGUAGACAUAUUGUGUACACGCGAGGUAAACCGUCAAAUUUUCGCGAGGGGUUAUGUCUCUGCAGAUUUUGCGAAGAAGACUAGAUUUGCAAAAAUUAAAAUCGCAACAAAAAUUGUUUUAAUUGGAAAACUGAAAGAAAUUUUGUAAUCGGCCCAAAAAAAAUCCAAAAUAAUCGUAAAAAUUUCGCUUAUCGCAAAAAUAACGAGGUGCAAAAUUUGGUGGUUUUUAGUACGCUUUGAUGAAGUUAGUGAUUCGUGAUAUGCGAUAUAGUCUAUUAUGCCUUGUUAUUUGUUGUCAAAUAAAAUCAGGGAUGUACCUUUUCUGUUUAGUUGUUGGCAGUGUCUGGUGAUGAUUACCUUGGCUGGGAGCCCUAAAUUGGCAAAUAUAUGUUUGUAACCCAUCACACCAAUAUGGGAAGUACUGUCGCAUUUGGGGCACAUGAAAUUCCAAUGUAUCCCCACGUUCGAAGAGCAGCUAUUCUAGGCUAUCGGCUGCAUUUUGAUACCACUUUGUAUCUUUUGUGGUGACUGAGUAAUUCAUAAAUGUUUGGUGAAUAUAGCCAGCCUUUAAAGUACGUUGUUUGAAUUUUUAUUACAACACAACAGCUUUGUUCUUCUAUACAACGUACAUGGACAUGUAGGUGGACUUCACAAAAAUUGCUUAAAAAUGUCUUCUGAAUCAUAUUUUUGUCAAAUUGACGAGUAGAAUAGUUAGUUAGAUACUGAUAAAGUCAAUGUUGCUAUUAUUAUAAUCGGAAAGUGGACCAAAAUUGACUCAAUCGUAUUAUGCAAUACCAGGCCUGGCCAAUUGCUACCAGAUUUGGUGUGAUGGGUCAAAUAUAAGUGCAUUAUAUGAGUGGAAUAACAAUUAUAUGCCUGGUUGUGCUAAUUCAUUAUUCAAGACUAUACUUCAUUUCCACACAUGGCUUGUAUUAAAAAGCAUGUUAUAAUGUUGAAGAGAAUUCGUUAAAAUCAUCUUGUAAACUCCUCGAUAUCUGUGAGGCAAAGUUUUUUUGUCCUGUAUUAUGAUUUGAAAACACUCUUAUUGAAGGCUCACAAAUCUAUCAGAAGGUUUGGGCAAUCCACCUAGUUGUCAAAAUUACUUAACGUGAAAUGAAAUAUGAUAUUUUCACUUACAAAGGCCACCAGAUUAAGAGGUUGUGGUAAUGAACUGUGUGAAUGCCUUAAAACUCAGGUUUGAAUGAAGGCUUUGAUGUACUGGCAGCAUUGUACUUUUGAUACAUGAAGGAUGCCAGUAGGUGGGCCAACACUACAGUAAAACAAUAUUUAUGUGUGAAAUCCCAAAAAAGCCCUUAGAAAUGAAUAUGGCUGGGGGAAAAUGGGGAAAAUGUCCUCUUUCAGAAAUUAUUCUUUCUGCCUCGGAGGCGAUGGGGUCAGUUGGUUGAAAUCUAGCAAGUCUUUUUGAAGUCUCAGUUCCUAAGAGCCAUGACACAAACUGGUUAUCAUGUGUCAUCCUAAGCACAACAGACUUGCAAGUGUCAGUUUAAAUUCCUCCGAGGGGCAAAAUGGGGUGUUGACUAUUAAGCAUGGUGUUCCUUGCUUCCUGAAGUGAAAUGGACACGUUUAGUUUCAAAAAAACAUUUUCAUAUCCAGGUUUCUUGCCUAAGAAAUGAUUUUUCUCUAAACACACAUUUGGGAUGAGUUGCCUUUGUUAUUGCCGCUAUAUUACUGCUAUGCUUCUUAUUAUUAGUGCUUUGAUUGUACUUUGUGUAGAAUUCGUUUGUAGCUUAUAAGCACCAUGUCCAUUAGGUCAAGAAAUGUAGAAAAAAAGUAGCGUAUUUGACUAAAUUGUAUAUGUCCACACUAACUGAUAUGGUCAGUGACUUUGUUGCUUUUGUGUAUUGUGUCGCUGAAGUAUCCUAACCAUUGUUUCUUUACAAAUGUCGUUGUUGUAGAUAGUGUAUCUUGAAGUGAUGUAUUGAUGCAGAGGAACCUUGUUAUAAUGACACAUACAUCGAAUACACUAUUGAAGGCAACUGUGCCAAGUGCCACUCGUCACACUGCAUUGAAGUUUACCCUGGAUUCAGUAAACUUUGGAUACAGUGAAGCAAUUUUCUUUGGUCCAAUGUGAUGCAUUGUGACGAGGUUACACUGUGUACACAUCUUGGACUGGUUAUGACUCUGUGUAUGUUUCUACAGAUAAAAUGACCUCCCUCCCCUUGAUCGGUAGGACAUUAUUUUGCACAUUCCAAGUUGGGGGAAGAGGGGUAAAGUUGAAUUUUGCUUUGAUCACAGUAGAGAAUAAAAAUCCUGAACUUUGAGUGUUGCCAGGUUUGAAUAACUGACCUGUCUUUGUUACAUACACAGCUGGAUACAAAAAUCCGACUUCAGAAUGUGUCAGAAAUUGACUUUGGCUGGUUAAAAUCUUUUGAAUGAGGUUACGUAUAUUUGGAAAUCCUAGAUUGUAGAUUAAAUGUAUCCUACUCAUUAUAUAACUUUGGCAUUCGGACCUUGUGAUCUUCAGGAACAUGAGGGUGGUGACUGGACAGCACCAGCUUUCAAGGUCCAAUGUUACUUUUGUUCGUUUUAACAACCGCUAUAAUUGUUUAUAUCUGCUGUUCUUUAGACUGCUAGGUUGUUAAUGUGUCAUACAUGUACAUGUUUAUGCGACAGAGUUAAAGGGACUGUCACUUUACUCAUGAUGUCUGUUAAUUUAUAUUCAUUUGCUAUAGAAUAAGACGCUUUGCUUUCUUGACAGUGUUGAAUUGACUCACUUCACUCAUAAUGUUAGUUAAAUUAUAUUCAUUUGCCUUCUUCAUCAGGUCUUCAAUGUUUUCGAUCAUGAAUCUGUAUAUGACUUCCCCUAAACAGCCUGAAUUAUCUCGACUUUGCAGUGGUAAAGGCCUCCGCCUCAUGAACAGGUAGUCAAAGGUUUAAGAUCUGUCAGUAGCUUAUUUCGAUGUGUUUAGACUGGUUUGCCACCAGCUUGUUAAAUUUUGGGUAAAAACUGCCUUCUCGUCGGGUAGCUACAUCAGAGGUAGCAGUUGGGAAGUAAGAGUUCUCAUAAGCUGACUGGCGUUUCAGUAAUAAGGUUUAUAAGGGGUGAUAUUAUAUUAAAAUAGUUACUUUUACUGUAAGUCUCUAAGUGGGUGAGUGAUUGAGAGCCCUCUUCUGAUGAGUUGGGCUACGGGGCUGAAUUGUAGUGUUAGGCUAGCCAAAAUGUCGCAGUAUUGGACCAACGAAAUGGUUAUGCAUUUGGGCCAACUUACAGGGGUCAGGGCUUACCAUAAGCACUAACACAUCUUGGUUGGUGUGCUGAUAUUGCUCUGAAGUGGGGGACAUUGUGGUUGACGAUGACCCCUUGUGUGCAACACCAUUCAGUGGCCCUAAACUGACAAAUUGGUGAAGUUGUGUCUAUCUAGAACAAAACAUUAGUAGAAAUAGAAUUAAUUGAGAUUGUCUGCAUUCAAUAAAUAGUGAAAAUUUUAAAUCAUACUUUGAAUAUUAUUUCAGGAUACAUUUCAUGGAUUGGUUGAAACUGUUGAUGGCAUGCUAAAAUUACUUGUAACUCUUUCUGUGUAUUCUACUAAUAUAGCUGUUAUAGAAGUAAAAAAAAUAUAGCUGAUGAAUUUCCUUGAUGAAAUGUUGAUUUAGGGCCAGAAAAUUAAUGUUACAACUGUAUGUCCUAUUGUUGAAUUCAAGCCAUCAGAUGCUUAAAAGAGGCAUAUUUGAUGAAAUGUUGAUUUAGGGCCAGAAAAUUGAUGUUACAUCUGUAUGUCCUGUUGUUGAAUUCCAGCCAUCAGAUGCUUAAAAGAGGCAUGUUUGAUGAAAUGUUGAUUUAGGGCCAGAAAAUUGAUGUUACAACUGUAUGUCCUAUUGUUGAAUUCAAGCCAUCAGAUGCUCAAAAGAGGCACAUUUGACACUUAAAUUUCAAUGAUGACGAGGCAAAAUUUAAUUUGAAUUGAAUGUAGCAAUAAUAAUAUGCAUCAUGUUGGUGUUAAACAACUCGAAAUGUUGGAAGUGGACUUUAAUGUGACAAGUUUUUGGAUAAAUGAAUGAGUUAAAUAUUGUUGUUCAAAUUCCUUGCAAUACUGCAUCGUCUUGGGGGAUUUUGUUGUGUUUGUUUGGUCAUUUGUUAAAACAGCAUGCGAGUUAUUCCUUUAAAGUGUCAAAAGAGAUGGUAUAACAUGUACACUGCAGGUCAUUUCCACUUUCCCAUUUGGAUGGUCUUGGCAUGACUCAGCAGUUCACGUCUGUAACUUUCUACUUUCUAUCCAAAUGGUCCUGAAAUCAUGUACAUUUCAAUUCAAAAUUCUGGAUAUCCCUCUUUCGGUGCAUUGUCGGAACCCCUAAUGUUACCUCGGUGUGUUAUUGCAGAAAAACAAGAAAUCUUAAUUCUUUUAUACAUGUAUAAUCAAGAUGAAUAGACCCCCUGAUUAGUUCUAACUGCAUAUGGUUAACUGCUGGGUGGUCUAAUCCAUAGUCAAACUAUAUCAUGAAUCUUACAAUCUGGAAGUUACUUUGUUUUUCCGUGUCUUCAAUUUGUCCUUUAACCACUAUAGAUGGUUAGUGUAGAUUAUCACUUAACAGUACCAUUUGGAUGACUUCAUGUAUAAAAUGUGUAGUUAUUUUCAAUAGCUGUAAACCCAGAACUAUUAAGGCCUGUUUUAUUUUGUGGUUUUGUUAAAUUGCAACUGUACAUUGUAAUGUACAUUUCAUUUGGCGUUUGGACAACACUGUAUAACAGUAAGUUCAGGUAGAUUUUCUUUUUUGCAGCCGUGUAUUUUCGAAAAUGGCACACAAAACAUUUCUGGGUUUAUAUAACAAACAAGAACCUUCCCUUCACACUGAUGACAAUGAUUAUCACUUUAGGGAAGCAGCAACGUUAAUGAACGUCAAGCAUAUUUAGGCCUCUGAGGAGCAAUGACGUUAAUUAACGUCGCAGGGAAGAACACCAGAAAAUGCUGCUCCCUUAAAGUGCUAAAGGGCUACGUGUAUACUAUUCAGAAAUUACAAUACCCUCCUCAUAUUUCAAUAGUACUGGUGACUUUUUUGGAACACCCUGUACAUCUAUACCAAAUUUUCCUGGUAGUAGAAAAUUUGAGGUUAGUACCAGCAGUUGUUGUACUCAGGUCACUGGCUGUUCAAAACAAUACAAGUCACUUACUUUAUGCUUCAUAUAGUGCCAUCAUCUCAGAAAGUCUGUAAAUAUCAGAAGUGCCUGCCAGGCAUUGGGUGAUAUGAAUAAAGACUAGCAAAUGCUUUUACUUCAGUUUUGUACGGAAAGGUCAAGGGUCAAUGCUCAUUUAGAGUUGGAUAAAAGCAUUUGCUAGUCUUUAUUCAUAUCACCCAUUAUCUCAAGAAUUGCUCCUUUAAUGCGUAGACAGUGACAAUACUGUUUUGAACAAGACAGUCCUGUUCUAUAUAUUUUAAGUGAUUGUGUUUAGUCGAUGGAAUGUAGUGAUUGAAUGGCCCAUGAGAGUAUGUGUGAAUGAAAUCGAAUAUUUUAUCGGUAAGAACUUGUUGAUGAUUUAGAUAGACAACUUGACAGUUUGUACAGUUCAAUAAAUUUAUAUACUACAAGUACUGGA